CAGCAGGAGCAGAGAGCAGCCAUUGCUGUGUCUGGCAGCAGGAUUACACAGUAGUGAAGACAUCCAGUGAGUGUAAGACAUCCAGCAGCUGUCCACUUGUGUCAGGAGGACUGAGCAGGACUCAGAGCCCCAUCACAGUGCCUCCUCCUUACUCGCAGAUGCAUGAGAGACACAAUGACCAGAAGAUCCUGGAAAUCACCAACAAGAUCAUUCAGCUGCUGACUGGAGAGGAGGGGGGAGUAUAUAGAGGAACACAGUGGUCUGUACAAGGACGUGAUGAUGGAGAAUCACCGGCCCCUCACAUCACUGGAUGGACCCAGUAACAGAGAUACCCCAGAGAGAUGUCCCCGUCCUCUGUAUUCCCAGUAUUGUACAGAGGAGACUCACAGGGCCCCACAGGAGGAUCAGGUAGAAGAUCUGUCAUAUAUGAAGGCAGAAGAUAUAGAGGGAGAAGAAGAAAUGUAUGUGACUGAUAUAAAGGCAGAAGAUAUAGAGGAAGAAGAAGAGACGUAUGUGACUGAUAUAAAGGCAGAAGAUAUAGGGGAAGAAGAAGAGACGUAUGUGACUGAUAUAAAGGCAGAAGAUAUAGAGGGAGAAGAAGAGAUGUAUGUGACUGAUAUAAAGGCAGAAGAUAUAAAGAGAGAAGAAGAGACAUAUGUGACUGAUAUGAAGGCAGAAGAUAUAGAGGGAGAAGAAGAGACGUAUGUGACUGAUCUAAAGGCAGAAGAUAAAAGGAGAGAAGAAGAGACGUAUGUGACUGAUAUAAAGGCAGAAGAUACAGAGGGAGAAGAAGAGACGUAUGUGACUGAUAUAAAGACAGAAGAUACAGAGGGAGAAGAAGAGACGUAUGUGACUGAUAUAAAGGCAGAAGAUACAGAGGGAGAAGAAGAGACGUAUGUGACUGAUAUAAAGGCAGAAGAUAUAGAGAAAGAAGAAGAGACGUAUGUGACUGAUAUAAAGGCAGAAGAUAUAGAGGGAGAAGAAGAGACGUAUGUGACUGAUAUAAAGACAGAAGAUAUUGAGGGAGAAGUAGAGACGUAUGUGACUGAUAUGAAGGCAGAAGAUAAAGAGGGAGAAGAAGAGACGUAUGUGAGGGGUGAUCAGCAGUGUAAGGAGGAGGAAAUCCCUACAGAUAUCAGCACAGCAGAUGGACACACAAGCAGGAACAUCUCAGAAGGACAUCUAAUGUUAUCCCCGGAUUGUGAAAUAAAAGAUAAUGACAGUAGACAGGAUUCUCCAGGAACUAAUCCCAUUACCCCAAUUAUACAUCCAGCUCUAUCAGCUGAUCCCCCUGAUCCUGGGAAAUGUUCUCCUGAUCACUCUGAUAUUGGUGCAUCUGUUACAGCUCUGACAGUAGACACAGCGUUUCCCUGUUCUAUAGAUGCCAAAUGUUUUACACAGAACACAAAGGCUCUUAACCCACAGACAGGUAAGGCAGGUGAGAGUCCAUUUCUAUGUUCCGAGUGUGGGAAAUGUUUUACAUACAAAUCGUAUCUUCUUAGACAUCAGAGCAGCCACACAGGUGAGAGGCCAUUUCCAUGUUCUGAGUGUGGGAAAUGUUUUGCACAUAAAUCAGAUCUUGUUACACAUCAGAGAUGUCACACAGGUGAGAAACCAUUUUCAUGUUCUGAGUGUGGGAAAUGUUUUACAUACAAAUCAGCUCUUGUUAUACAUCAGCGAAGUCACACAGGUGAGAGGCCAUUUCCAUGUUCUGAGUGUGGGAAAUGUUUUGCACAUAAAUCAGAUCUUGUUACACAUCGGAUAAGUCACUCAGGUGAGAAACCAUUUCCAUGUUCUGAGUGUGGGAAAUGUUUUACACUGAAAUCACAUCUUGUUAAACAUCAGAGAUGUCACACAGGUGAGAAACCAUUUCCAUGUUCUGAGUGUGCAAAAUGUUUUGCACAUAAAUCAGAUCUUGUUACACAUCGGAGAAGUCACACAGGUGAAAAACCAUUUUCAUGUUCUGAGUGUGCGAAAUGUUAUGCACAUAAAUCAGAUCUUGUUGCACAUCGGAGAAGUCACACAGGUGAGAAGCCAUUUUCAUGUUCUGAAUGUGGGAAAUGUUUUGCACAUAAAUCACAUCUUGUUACACAUCAGAGAAGUCACACAGGUGAGAAACCAUUUUCAUGUUCUGAUUGUGGAAAAUGUUUUACACAGCAAUCAAAUCUGAUUACACAUCAGAGAAGUCACACAGGUGAGAAACCAUUUCCAUGUUCUGAGUGUGGGAAAUGUUUUACACUGAAAUCAAAUCUUGUUAUACAUCAGAAAAGUCACACAAGUGAGAAACCAUUUUCAUGUUCUGAAUGUGGGAAAUGUUUUACACUGAAAUCAGAACAUGUUACACAUCAGAGAAGUCACACAGGUGAGAAACCAUUUCCAUGUUCUGAGUGUGGGAAAUGUUUUGCACAUAAAUCAAAACUUGUUACACAUCAGAGAAGUCACACAGGUGAGAAACCAUUUUCAUGUUCUGAGUGUCGGAAAUGUUUUACACAGCAAUCAAAUCUGAUUACACAUCAGAGAAGUCACACAGGUGAGAAACCAUUUCCAUGUUCUGAGUGUGGAAAAUGUUUUACACUGAAAUCAAAUCUUGUUACACAUCAGAGAAGUCACACAAGUGAGAGGUCAUAUCCAUGCUCUGAGUUUGAGAAGUAAAUCAGCUCUGUUUCACACAAUAGACAUCACACAGGUGAGGAUCCUGUUUAUUCUCAUCACCAUUGCCAUGCAAUGUUCCUCAAGGUUCUUAUUCUAUGUCCUAUGCUUUUUGCUGCCACUGGGUGAAACAAUAAGACGUCAUGCUCUUGUCUACCA